ACUGGAGACUGUUACAUUGAAAUAGAAUCCCUUCAGCCAGGGAUUCAGUUUUUCCUUUGAAACAAUCUACCCACAUACCACAUUUUCCCUCAAAGCUCCUCACCAGUGGAUAUUCGAAGUGGUGGAAGUGUCAUUUUCCAACACCGACAUGUAUUUUGAUCGAGUAGAAACAUGUUCAUCUUCUAUGCAUUUAGUAUCAUAUGCAGAGUAAAAUAUACCUUGCUCUUCUAUGCUAAAUCCACUUUCUUCGUAUUGGUAACGUUAUCAUCAGAAAAUAGUAUCAGACUUGGCCCUUUCACACUAAGACAAACUCAUAAAUUUUCUUUCCAUUAGCAAGCCAUGGAAUUUCUUAUGUGGGAGAUUGCCUUUGCCAUAGUUCUUUCUCUUCUGCUUCCAUCGGUUUUCCUCAAACUUCUCUCCGUUACCCCAAACUUCGAAGCUCAUGAGAAAGUGGGUGUUAUUGGGUGUGGUCAUGAUCGUGGAGUUAAAUCUGAUUCUAAGAUCUGGGAAACGGAUGAAGUUGUUCAAAUUGUGGGGAAAGUUGAUGAAUUCGGAGACAAGUCCAUACUGGGAAAAAUAAGAGUCCCAGAAAUUGUGGAUGUGAAUCGUGGAUCGCCCAAGAUACGCAAUUCAAAGACGAUUGAUGAGGAGAGUAGUGUUUACAAUGAAAUUGAACUUGUGAAUUUGGCUGACGAUCAUGUUGUGGAUGAGAGCAAUAAAGGGGUUGUGAAUAUGAACGAAAUUGAGGUGGAACUGGUGGAGUGUGAUUCUUCUAGAGUGCUCAACGCUGAAGAGGUUGAGAUCUCGCAGUUCGAAAAAAAUUAUAAUGAGAUUGAUGAAAACAAGGACUUGUUGGAGGAUGAGGAUGAUUGGGAGGAAAUAGAAAGAACUGAGUUGGAGAAGCGUUUUGGUGCGGCUGUUGUAUUUGUCGGAUCCAGGAGCAACGAUAAUAGUCUCGGUAAUGAAGUGAAGAUGAAGCUUCAUGGUUAUUACCGAAUUGCUACACAGGGUCAUUGCCACGAAUCCCAGCCAUUGACACUGAAGUUCUCUUCUGCUCGAGCAAAAUGGAUUGCAUGGCGACAACUUGAGAUUAUGAGUCCAGAGCAGGCAAUGGAGCAUUAUAUCAGCCUUUUAUCAGAAAGCAUUCCCUAUUGGAUUGCAGAAUAUCCUUCUGAUAAUGCUGAGCCGGCUUUGGAAGAGAUCCAUGCAUCUGCAAAACUACCCUCAUGAAUUAUGAUUUGAAGGCAUAGAUACCACGAGAAAUAUAUAAAUAAGCGUGGAUUCCAUUUUGAAUUCCGACGCAUAGCAAUUGAAAAUAUUUCCGAAUGCAGAAUUGAUUGGUUUUCAAGAAUGUCCCAAGCCAUUGGAUACUGAUCGCAUGAUAAUGGAGUUGGGAUCCGAAGGUUUACCAUAUUUUGCCGUGCCAUUCUUUUGUUACCUGCACAUUGAACUUCAUUCGCGUAGGUAAGAUUUUUGUGCCUUGUGCGCUGCUGCGUAAGGAAGAUUGUUUAUAGAAGGAAAUUAUUUGGCAGAAUAUUUAGCUAUAAGUAAACGUCAAGCACAUAACCGUGACUAUAAUUUGGAUGAAAUUACUUGAGCCUUCACAACACUGUUUUUUUUUUUUCCGUCACGGAAUCAGAAAUUAAUCUUUUUAGCCA